CGCCGUCUCUCUGCCAUUGGGCGGUGAGACUACGGAGAGCCAGCCAUCUGCAAGGAAAGCAGCUGUCGCCUUCACGCAAGAGACGUUAGACAUCAGUGAACGAAAACAGUGUGGAUUCACCCCAAGACUUGUUGAUCUUUUUCCAUAAACAAAAAGCGGAGCGCUAUGUGUACGUCUGGAGACGAAGAGCGAGCUGCUGUCUGCUGGCUUUAUUUAAACGGUGGCGUUCUUGCGUUUUCCUUUAUUAAAUGUUUAAUUACACACCGCUGUCAGCAAUGGGUCUUCACAAAUUAAGCAGCUCGAAUAAAAUGAAACAGCUCGGAGAACCACUGGUAACACCGCCAAAUUCAUAGGGUAGUCCGCACAAAAAAAAAAUCAAAAUGGAUAAACCCUCUGCAGGAAUGAGUAAAGUUGGCUCCCGCUCGACAGCCUCUCUGCCCCCGGAGCCUGUGGAUAUAAUCCGGAGUAUGUCGUGCUACCGGCGUGUCAAGCUGAACGUAGGGGGUCUGCCGCACGAGGUCCUGUGGAGAACCCUGGACCGACUGCCGCGCACACGACUGGGCAAGUUACGAGACUGCAAAACCCACGAAUCACUCAUGGACAUAUGCGACGACUACAACCUAGAGGACAACGAGUACUUUUUUGACCGGCACCCCGGGGCGUUCACGUCCAUACUGAACUUCUACCGCACUGGCAAGUUGCACAUGAUGGAGGAAAUGUGCGCCCUGUCCUUCAGCCAGGAGCUGGACUACUGGGGGGUGGAUGAGAUCUACUUGGAGUCGUGUUGCCAGGCGCGGUACCAUCAAAAGAAAGAGCAGAUGAACGAGGAGCUCAAACGGGAAGCUGAUACUCUGAAGGACCGGGAGGGCGAAGAAUUCGAUAAUACGUGCUGUUCGGAGAAAAGGAAGAAACUGUGGGACCUGCUAGAGAAACCAGGCUCGUCUGUAGCAGCCAAGAUCUUGGCAAUCAUUUCUAUUCUAUUCAUUGUGCUCUCCACUAUCGCUUUGUCUCUUAACACCCUCCCAGAGCUGCAAGACACAGACGAGUUUGGUCAGACAACUGAUAAUCCCCAGCUGGCCCAUGUGGAGGCGGUGUGCAUCGCUUGGUUCACAAUGGAAUAUCUUCUUCGUUUCCUUUCCUCACCAAACAAAUGGAAAUUUUUUAAAGGUCCCCUCAAUGUCAUCGACUUGCUGGCCAUCCUACCAUAUUAUGUCACCAUAUUCCUGACCGAGUCCAACAAGAGCGUGCUGCAGUUUCAGAAUGUGCGGCGGGUGGUGCAAAUCUUUAGAAUCAUGCGGAUUUUGCGCAUCCUCAAGUUGGCACGACACUCCACUGGGUUGCAGUCACUGGGCUUCACGCUACGACGGAGUUACAAUGAGCUGGGCCUGCUUAUCCUCUUCUUAGCAAUGGGGAUCAUGAUCUUUUCGAGUCUAGUUUUCUUUGCAGAGAAGGACGAGGAUGACACCAAGUUCAAGAGUAUCCCUGCAUCCUUCUGGUGGGCCACUAUUACCAUGACCACUGUUGGAUAUGGGGACAUUUACCCCAAGACGCUUCUGGGUAAGAUCGUUGGUGGACUCUGCUGCAUAGCAGGAGUGUUAGUUAUUGCUCUACCUAUUCCCAUCAUCGUCAACAACUUCUCUGAAUUCUACAAGGAGCAGAAACGGCAAGAGAAGGCCAUAAAGAGACGGGAAGCUCUAGAGCGAGCCAAACGUAAUGGAAGUAUAGUGUCUAUGAAUGUUAGAGAGGCAUUUUCACGUGGUGCAGAGCUUCUGGAUGUGGUGGUCAUGGACAAGGGUGAGAGAACCCAGGACAACCAUCUCUCACCCAGUCGAUGGAAAUGGUCAUCCAAACGGGCAGCUUCAGAAACUAGUUCUAAUCGUUCCUUCAACCCAGACCAAGGUUCUCCUAGCAAGGCGAGAGCCUCUAGUCCACAGAGGCUUAAUGCACAGAAACUAGAAGAGAUGUACAACCAGAUGGCAAAGACUCAGUCACAGCCCAACCUGAACACCAAAGACAGAGGUUCAUCCCGAGCAGGCCAUAGAAGGGAUGAAAUUGAGCUUGGAGCCCUGCCAGGUCAAGGAGGCGACCCGCUGAUUGGGGGUCGUGAAGGGAUUGUAGACAUGAAAAGUCUUUCAAGCAUUGACAGUUAUAUCAGCUGUGCAACAGACUUCCAAGAGAACCCACGUUUCCCCUACAGUCCGGCAGGAGGUCUAUCCCUCCCAGAGAGCUCUCGGUUCUCCCACAGCCCUGGUUCUGGUCUCUCUGGUCGUGUCAGUGCUAAUCCGAGCCUGCAGACAACCUUGGAGCAUGAGACUAUGCUCACACCAUGUUCUGGUGCUAAACCUCUCAACAGCGAGGGUUCACGGCAACAAGGACUUCUCGGAAACUCCCAGAAAAUGCAUUCAGUUAGGGUGAAUCAUCGCAAUUGCGGGGAGGCCAGCCCAUCAGGUGGUCCUCUGUCUGAUAGCUCUCUUCUUUCUGACCACUCCAUUCUAAGCCCUGAGGUGUCGGUCUACACAACAGCCAGCAGCAGGACUCCACCUAAGACACCAGAGAGAAAGGCACUCACCCCUGCAGUCUUCACUUUUCACGAUGCAUCCAUCAGCAAGUACAUUGAUGCAGAUACAGAUGAUGAGGAACACUUGCGUGAAGGUGGCCCGUCGGAGCGUCUUCUGGGUGGCCUGAGCUCCAAGCCUCGACUCAGUGGUUACCAGGGGGCCACCAACCACUUGGAAGCUGCCCAAAGGCUGCUCGGUCAGAACUGCCUAUUCCCACUGGGAAGUAGCCCAAGUGUUGGCCAUGAGAACCAUGUGGCUUCAGAGAAUUCACGAAGGCCUAAAGGGGACAGGGGACAUUCCAACGUAUUUGAUAAGGGCCUCUGAGGCCUCAGGGUCAUGAGUUGGACUCCAAAGGGAGUCCAAGAAGGGAAAGAAGGCCAAGUUCAGUCAAGGACUUUGGGGAAAGCAGAGACUAAUGUACAAUGGAGAAUCAUUUACAGGCAUCUGACCAGGGGCCUACCCUGGUGACUUUAUGCGGGAGAGUUCACUGGACAACAGUGGUCAUGUUACAUCAUUAAGGAACAGGAUCUUGAGGAUGUACCACAGGCUACACCUCUUGCCCUUUUUUCUCUCUUCUGUAAACAAGCCUGCUUUGGUGCAUCGCAGGGGUAAGAUAAAGCCAGAGCGGAUCUGGUCUACAGUUGUAUGUGAAAAGAACAGAAUGUAUGCUAAAGCUUAAUUAGCUUGAGGCUGAACACUUACCAGACAUUUAAGCGCAGAUGCGUGUGGUAAAUCAAGGGGGACAGUCUGUCACUGCCCAUGUCAGCUAGUCACUGUCCAGAGCCCACCUUAAAGAUUAGCAUUAGAGACAUGUUAUACCCUGUUUACUAGUGCACCCUUCCCCUGUCCCCUAAUAAACUGGCCUUACUUAACUGCAGUUAUGGGUCUGCAUACAGUAUGAGUGCUUGUGUGCAAGCGUAUUUGAGAUAGGGAGGGCUUAUGGUAUGAUAAUGUGCACGUAUAAAAUAAUUAACAUUCCUGCACACAAGCUCACUCUCCACAUGGUGUGUAAUAUUACUUGAUUAAUUUAUUUUUAUAUAGACAUGAAGAUUAUCUUUAGAAGUCUGUCUCACAUAUUUCUUGUCUCCUAUUCACCAGUAUAAGAAAAAAACGUGAAUUGUUUCAUCGAAAAAGACCAAAAUAUGUUUAAAUUUACCUCCCCUCAUUUGCUUGUGUGUCAUCUUUAAGAAUUUUUUUUUCUAGUUUCGCAGAUUUUAAAGGGAUAGUUCGCCAAAAAAUGAAAAUUCAGUUUACUUCGUCUCAUUUCUUUCCUGUGUAAACAAAUAUAAAUUUUCACAAGAAUUUUUUUUUUUGUUCAGCCGGUGGGGUCCAGUAUUCUUUAGACCCAAAUAUUAUAUAAAGAAAUGCAUACAGGUUUAAGUGGGUGAAUGAAUGUGACCAAAUUUUCUUUUUUGGAUUAACUUUCCCUUUAAAAUUCAAAAGGUCUUGUUAAUUAAGAAAAUUACAGAAGAUUUUUGCUGUGCUUACAUGUGUAAUAUUGUCUUUCAACAGGCCCAUGUUUAUGACUGCUUAUGUAAAAAAACUAUUACGUAGCACAUGCAUAUUCCUCAGCCCAAACCGAAGCAACAAUGAGAACGAAUGGACAACACAUACCUCGACAUGUUGUUACCAGAUAUUGGUAAAUGAUGGAAGGCUAGAAUUAAAUCUGACCGAGAAACUACUGAAAACCUUCAGGUCAAUUCAACAUUUCAGUUCGAAUUACCAGUUUCAUAGCAGUAUAUGCUGUCUCAAACACGAAUAUUUCUGAAUAUAAGAAUAAAUAUAUAUUUCUAAAGUAUUUUCUAGAUGAUCAUACGACGUGAGGGAGAUGGUAUCAUACUUUUGCAUUGCCAGGGGAGAAUGUUUAUUUUAAAAUAUAUGAUUUAAUAAAAGGUUUUAUGGGACAUUUUGUGUCCUCAAUUGUUAUUCAGGCUCAACAUACACGACGUGACCAAGAUGACCACCAGUUAAUCCCAAGCAUUUACCCUUUUUGAUAGAGAGCUCUGUAAUACAGUACGUAAUGCAUGGCCAAGUUUACCUCCGAAUUUAAUACAAUCUUUUCAUAUUACACAAACUUAAUAUCCAUAUAGAUUAGAUUGUUAUCUCCAGCAUUGCCAUCCGCACCAUUCUGUAUCCACAUGCAUACGCAUAGUCCAGCAUGUAUUCACAGGUAUGAAGACAAUGUCCUGAAGACGACUAUAUCCAGUUUCCAUGGUGACCACAAGCCCCCCCUGCUAGCGCUCGUAUCCAAUUUGAAAACCGGGAUAGCGAGGGCUAAAUUAGAUCAAAAUCAUACACUCAAUUGCAUCUGUGUCAACAAAUAGCAUCACUAAAAGUCACAUUGUCAGAAUGUACUUGUCUCUUAGAAUAUGUAUGUGUGUGCAUGUGUUAUCAGGGGAGUGCGAAGAUGAUGGGGGGAAACUCGGCCUCUCCCGAGACUUGCGAGUGUGUGUGUACGCUUCCAUCCUUGUCUCAACGAUUUUAGCUGAGUUGAACUGAGGUGUGAACGGAAUACCAAUUUUCUGCAAGAGAGCGGAGGGAGGGUGUGAUUGGGAGGAAAAAAAAUCUGCAAGUGAGAGGGAUCUUCCCUCUCCCCUCAAUAAAGAAUAAUUUAUGAAUGCAACGAUGUGUACCGCUUACAGUAAUGGUGGGAAAGGAAGCUUCUUUCUGAGUGCUAAGGUCCCUUGCUCCACUUGUGGUCUUUCAUGUGGAUAUUAUUUAAUAUCCAUGAUUUUUUGGGUGUAUGUUCCGCAUUUAAUGACCUAUUCAUUCAGUAGAUUCAUAUGGAGAGAACAUAAUGUGACUUUACUGAAGCCAUUCAAAACUCUAUACUGUAUCUGUGUUAGGCUGUGCCCUGAAAUCAAUGUUUUGUCACCUGUUUUUUUUUUGUAUUGAUCCAUGGGUGAAUCUCACAAAGAAAUAUGUCAGAAAUUUCACCCAACAAGCAAAAGAGAAUAAUUUAAUAUUUUAAUUUAAUAUUUUUGAAAUUUUA